GUUUAAACAAAUUUCAAUCCGCGCCUCCACCCCUCGAUUUUUCCCUCCCUUCCUUCAUCCCGCUGUGGUCGCUCCCCACCAAAGUCGCCGCCGUCGCCGCAUCUCGCUGAAGCCGCCGUCGUCGCCGCUUCCUACUGAAGCCGCCACCGUCGCCGCAUCCCGCUGAAACCACUGCCGCCGCCGCAUCGUUUCUGGAGGUCUCAGAGUCUCUGCAACGUUGCUCACCGUCCUCAGCCUCUUUGAACUUCUUUUCCUUCUUCCAAGUCACCAUCCCUCGCUGCUGCACAACUUACUGUGUUUUGCAGAGAUGGAGUUUGUGAGCCCUGAAGGACUUCGCUUUGAUGGUCGCCGUCCCAUGGAAAUGAGGCAAAUUCGAGSAGAAAUUGGCGCUGUUUCUAAAGCAGACGGUUCUGCUGUUUUUGAGAUGGGUAAUACCAAAGUUAUUGCUGCUGUUUACGGUCCAAGAGAGGUUCAGAAUAGGAGUCAACAGUUGAGUGACCAAGCRCUGGUGCGCUGUGAGUACACUAUGGCUAAUUUCAGUACUGGAGAUCGCAUGAGAAAACCUAAGGGUGACAGGCGAUCCACAGAGAUAUCUUUAGUUAUUCGCCAAACGAUGGAGGAAUGCAUUUUAACACAUUUAAUGCCUCGGUCUCAGAUAGAUAUAUUUCUCCAAGUUCUUCAAGCAGAUGGAGGCACUAGAUCAGCAUGUAUCAACGCUGCAACUUUGGCGCUUGCUGACGCUGGAAUUCCCAUGCGUGAUAUCGUUACUUCUUGCAGUGCUGGAUACCUUAAUAGCACUCCUCUACUAGAUUUGAAUUACGUCGAGGAUAGUGCUGGUGGCCCUGAUGUCACUGUAGGCUUUCUACCUAAGUUGGAUAAAGUCACUCUUCUUCAGAUGGAUGCUAAAUUACCCAUUGAUAUAUUUGAGAAUGUCAUGCAACUAGCGAUCGAGGGCUGCAAAGCCGUAGCAAGUUACAUCCGAGAAGUUAUGUUGGAGAAUACGAAGAAACUCGAAUAUCAACGUGGUGCGUAGUCGGGAACAAUAUUGAGCAUUCUUACAAGCAAGGAUACUUCACCAAUGGAUUGGAAAUGAUCUUUUUAGAAAAGAUUAGUAAGAAACUGAUCGCAUGUGAAAUUUGUAGUUUUAAUUGUUUUAAAGAAAAUAUUAGAAAAUAAUAAAUUAGU